AUGGCUGGCUGGCAAUCUCUGCAUCCCUUCACCAGACAAGAAGCUGUGGUGGCUGCUGCCUGCCCACAGCCCAUACUUACAGUGCAGGCCCAGCAAUUCCCACGCCCCAUCCCCAGAUGGAAAGCCAUGGUGGCUGUCACCUGUCUACAGCCCAUGCCAUACAGGCUUGUUGGGCUGGUGGACAAUUUCUGCAUUUGUGAAGGGUACAGUGUGCCUUGUUGCUUCAUGUAUGAGAUCUACGUGGAUACCUGUGGGCAAGAUGUACAGAACCAAGUCAACCUAGCCACAUUUGUGAAGACUUUCUUAGAAGUUGUCUCACUUCUAGGGAAGUCCCUAAAGUUAAAACAAGAUCUUGGUGUGUAUGACAAUGGGUAUCAUUAUGAUGGAAUCAAGAAAAGUUCUUUCUUUUAUGCCCAAUAUUGCUGCCUUCUGAAUGAAAAAAAGCAUUACAGAGUCAAUAAGAUUGUGUUUGAAUUCAGAAGAUGUUUAUUGUGGGAGCAAGAACUGGCAAAGAAGUACUCCUAUAAAAUGAUGUCUUUUCUUGCUGAUGAAUACUGCAACUCUUGCCAAGACAUUUUAUGGAAGAUGAGGAACCAAGAACUUGAAAGGGUGGAGGACUUGCUUACUUCCUUUUGGAAAUAUCUGAAGCAAGAUACCGUCAUUCUUAUGUCAUUGCCUGAGAUGUGCCAGCUCUUUAAAUGCUAUGAUGUGCAGAUGUACAAGGGCUUGGUCCCUGUCCUCCUUAAUGAUUUUCUGUGAGACGUUUCUAUUCAGUACCUAAAAUCUGUCUGGUUAUUUAGUGAGAAACUUAAGCUAUGGCUACUUAAUGGUUUUCCAACCCUCUUAUAGAUCUUCAAACUCAAAGAAGUUACUGUGUUUGUCCAAAGACUAAAAAGAAAAAUAUACCUUUCCAACAUGGCAAAGACUAUUAAAAUGGUAUUGAGAAAUAAUAGAGUCAGCCUUCUGAAAUCAAACCUGAAAGGUAUCAUGAAUGUUUCUAAGGAAGCCCUGCCAAGGAACCUGAGCAGCAUAGGUGACCUGGAAAGCUGGGAAAUGAAAUACAAAUGCUUGAGCAGUUUAAUUUCUUUGCUGGGGACAUCAACAGACCUCAAUGUAUUUCAGAAUUGUCUGUCUUCAAAUCUCCAAAUGUUCAUCUUCUAGCCAAGCAGAAGAAAAGAGGAGUUCUUCAACUUGGCUGCCAGCUCCCAGCUAAGAUGGAAUUUCCUUCCCACCACCAUGAGCAAAGACAUGACCCUCUACGAUAGACAGACAGUUUUGAAGUUGCAGCUACACAGACUGAAGCAGGGGAAGGGGCUGCAUUUGCAGCAUCACAAAUGGCAGUGGGACCCCUCUGCACUCUGCCUGCACCUUCCUCCACCCUCUCCUUUGCUUCCCUGCAUGCCACUCAUGGGAAGGCAUAAGUCCCCUGCUCUGGGAAUUUCUGUAGGAUUUGCUCCAUCUCACACCAGGGUCCUGACAUCUGUUCAUUUGUUGCUUUGGGAAUAUGUGAUUCAUAUACUGCAGUCAGGCAUAGAAGAGGAAGAGGAGAAAGACAGUGUGGGAAAUAUCAUGAAGAUGCUACCAAAUGACCAGUCUGCUGUCCACCCCAAACCUUGCCACCUUCCAGAGACUGCAUCAUCUCAGGAGUGUGAAAGCCCAGCCUGGGUGAUUCUGAAAUUCUUGAGCCAGAGCCUGUCUGUGGAUAUGGGCAGCAUGGUCCUCAGGGUUCUGGGCUUCCUGGUGGACACUGUCACAGGCAAUAAGCUCAUCCAUGUAUUGAUAGAGGACAAGAAAAGCACUGUCAAAUUUUUCUUCCCUGUGGGACAAGAAGCCCUCAUGACACUAAAAGAUGGAUUUAAAAAAAAACCUGUGAUAGCCCUGGCUGAUAUACCCCAAAUUUCUGAAAAUAUUAAUUUCAUGGAAAACAGUGCUAAUAAUUAA